CUAAUACCUAACCUCGAACAUAAUCUCCCGAGAUUUGUGCUGGUCUCACUGUAUAUGAAUACGCAACACCCAUGUUACAGAUCUUCAAAACUCACCCAAACGUAACGGCAUAUUCUUCUCCCCACCGGCCUCGCCGUGAAAUGGGAAAAUCUCAAAAACCACACACUUAAUUCCCAAUCCUAUACCCAACCCAUUGCCCAGAAAGCGUAGGAGAAGAAACACCCACCAAAAAUCUCAACUUUAUUAUCUUAUUAUAUACACGUCUCUGGAGACUAGAAGGGGCGCGGCAAAUGGUGGCGAAGAUGAUGAGGUGGCGUCCAUGGCCGCCGUUAAUCUCCAAGAAAUUGGAGGUGAGGCUGGUGGUGCGGCGGCUUGAGAAUCUUGGCGGCGGAGACGAUUGGUUGAGCGGCGGCGCAGCUGCUUCGGUGGAGAUCGGGUGGAAAGGGCCGCCCAGGGUUGCGUUGAGCUCGUUCAGGAGAACGGUGAAGAGGAACUGCACCAAAGAAGAAGGGGUCAAGAAUGGGCCGGACGGCGCCGUUUCGGUGGAGUGGGAUGAGGCGUUCCAAAACGUCUGCAAUCUCACUGCCAGAGACAACGCGUUUCAUCCCUGGGAGAUUAGCUUCACUGUGUUCUUCAAUGUGUCAAAUCAAGGAGCUAAGAAUAAGGUUCAUACUGUUGGAACAGCAACCUUAAACCUUGCUGAAUUUGCUGCCAGGGCAGAAGAGAAAGAGUUUAGCUUGAACAUUCCCCUAGCGGUUUCAGGGAAUGGAUCAGAGACUCGCCCCGCGCUUUGUAUAUGUCUCAGUUUAUUGGAAGAAAUAGCUGCACAAGAGCCAAUUACAUUGGGGCUAUCCUCGCCUAGACCGGGGGAAACAUCAUCCCCCGAGAAAGACGAGCUUUCUGCCCUUAAAGCUGGUCUCAGAAAGGUAAAGAUUUUCACGGAGUAUGUGUCUGUGAGGAGAGCGAAAAAGCCUUGUCGGGAGGAAGAUAGCAGCGAUUGCAGGUGGUCGAGGAGUGAGGAGGGCGAUUACGCUUAUCCUUUUGACACCGAGUCACUCGAUGGACUCGAUGGAGGAGGAGAAUUGGAGGAAGGAAAGGGAGAUUCUUCUCCAGUUAGGAACUCAUUUAGUUAUGGUACAUUGGCCUAUGCCAAUUUUGCGGGAUCAUCGUUUUAUUCCAAUACGAGGAUUAGUGCUAAGGACGAGGAUUUGGUUUACUAUAGCAACCGCAGGUCGGAUGUUGGCUGCUCGAACAUGGAUGAUGAAGUUCCGGUGCCUGUAGUUUUGCAAAACUCGAAACGCAGUAUUCUUCCUUGGAGGAAGAGGAAGCUGAGCUUCAGAUCUCCUAAGGGUAAGGGGGAGCCAUUGUUGAAGAAGAAUUAUUGGGAAGACGGUGGAGAUGACAUUGACUAUGAUCGCCGCCAGCUCAGUUCUGAUGAAUCUAUUUCCUUCGGGGUAAUGAUCUUCGAUAUCUGUUGCUUUUUCUUACGGAAUUGGUGGCAGAGAGUGGGGGUUGAAAACCAAUCUUCAUUAUCGGGGUUUUGUGAUGAUAGUUUUACUGUUGGAAGCUGGGAACAGAAAGAUAUUACGAGCCGGGAUGGGCACAUGAUGCUUCAAACGCAGGUCUUUUUCGCUUCCAUUGAUCAGCGAAGUGAGCAAGCAGCCGGAGAAAGUGCAUGUACAGCGCUCGUUGCUGUUAUUGCCGAUUGGUUACAAACCAAUCGCGAUCUGAUGCCUGUUAAGUCGCAGUUCGAUAGCUUGAUUCGAGAAGGCUCUCUGGAGUGGAGGAAUCUGUGUGAGAAUGAAACUUACCGGGAAAGGUUCCCCGAUAAGCACUUCGACUUGGAGACUGUCCUUCAAGCCAAAAUCCGACCAAUCUCUGUAGUUCCAUCGAAAUCCUUCGUCGGGUUUUUCCACCCGGAUGGGAUGGACGAGGGGAGAUUCGAUUUCUUGCAUGGCGCCAUGUCGUUCGACAGUAUCUGGGACGAGAUAAGCCGUGCUGAGAUUGGGGAGCCCCAAGUCUACAUUGUCAGCUGGAAUGACCACUUUUUUGUCCUCAAAAUCGAACCCGAAGCUUACUACAUCAUCGACACGUUAGGCGAGCGGCUCUACGAAGGCUGCAACCAGGCUUACAUACUAAAGUUUGACACGAACACCGCCAUCUAUAAACUGCCUGAGGCUGCACAAUCAUCAGACGAAACGGUUUCUUCCGCUGCAGAACCAAAGACCGCUAAUGCUCCUCCCCCGGCCAAUUCAGACGAGGUUUCUGCCGACACUCAAAUGGCGGUUUCUGGGCCCGAGGAAUCAGCGAAAACUGAGCAGAACGAAAUUAUCUCUCGAGGAAAAGAGUCGUGCAAACGCUACAUAAAGGACUUCUUGGCUGCCAUUCCCAUUAGAGAACUUGAGGCAGAUAUGAAGAGAGGUCUCGUAACAUCAGUGCCUCUUCAUCACCGGCUUCAGAUCGAGUUCCACUAUACCCAUUCUCAACCAGCACCCUUAUUAACUCCGGCAAUAGAAGCAGCAACCUCCUCGGGCCAUUCUGAAACUCCGGCAGUAGAAGAAGCUGCUUCGCAACUAUCAGUUGAAUUUGCAUUAACUGAAGCUGCAACAUAAAUAUUUGAAUGUAAAUUUCUUUUUAAAGUUUGAUUAGAUUAUUAGUUCUUCUUAUCCAUCCUUUUGUGUCUGCAGCAACAUUCAUAGCUAGAGUUUGUCACCUUGUUGAAACUUGAAAGUGUACAUCAGUUUCUAACCUCCUUUCUUGAAUCAAUAAAUAUAUCUAACUGUUCUUUACA